AAUUUUCGAUCAAAACAGCCGAACCCCUCAAAGCGCGCAGUAAACGAGUAAACGAAAGGAACAAAAUUUAAUAUCUGCGAUUUUUAUAAUUUCGUGCAUAGGUAAACUCGAGAAACUCACACGUGUUGCUAAAGUUUUAGAUACAAAAAUGCUGGCUAUUAAUUUCAACAAAUAAAUUGCUCUGAGCAAUAGAAAUACGAAACAUGCAACAAUAUUUGAUGCGAAACUAUGACGAGGAAAUCACCAAUCUUCUCAACAAUCCGGAUGACUUGAUUCAUGUCUCGUUAAAUGUUAGUUUAGCGCAUUUGCAGCGCAAGCAACCGUCGUUGUAUCAGGCGCUGCAGCAGAACUCUCGUCAGGAACUGCCAAAAUGGGAUGCCUGUCUGGUGGAAGCACAAAAGUCGCUCAUCGAGGGCAACAUGUUUCUAGAGCCGGGCUUUCAAAUUAAACAAAACUGCCAUGUCAGGUUUGUCGGUAUGCCACUUACCGUUGCUCAAGCCGUACGAAAAGCAGGUUCGUAUCCUGGCAACGAUCAAGUUGGACAGUUUCUUCAGGUAAAAGGUACCGUCAGUCGCAUGACUCAAUCUCGUCCACUGGAGUUUAAGCGUCAAUAUGUAUGUACUCGUUGUAAGAAGGAAAUUGAACUUGAAGCACUUUACGAGGAGAGUUACGUGUUUAAUCCACCCAACACUUGUCCACUGGCGAACGAGAUUGGAUGCAAAGGGUACUUGCAGCAGAAGAGUGCUCAACCACAGCCUGAUUGUUGCCAGGACUAUCAAGAGGUGCGUAUUCAGGAGAUUAUGAGCGACCUAAACCUUCCUGCUACUCUCAUUAUCACGCUGGAAAAUGAUUUGGCUGAUAGUUGUCAGCCUGGAGAUUGUGUGACCGUUGUGGGAACUAUGGAGCGACGCUGGGGCCCAUGCUUUACGGAUAAGAGAACUGUGGUCACUAUCGCGAUGAGGGCAAACAGUGUAUCGAAGGAGGAAAACAAAAUGACUUUCGGUAAGGAGCUUCCUGAACAUCUUGUUUUUACGCGAGUCGAAUGGGAUAGUAUGGUGGCGGAGAUCGGAGAACUUGCGGCCAGAGAUUUUCUUGUCCAAUCGAUAUGUCCGGAGAUCCACGGAAUGUACCCGGUGAAGCUAGCAGUGGCUCUAUCGUUAGCGAGCUGUACAGAGCGAUUCCUCGGAAGUGGGCGAACAGUUCGGGGACAUUCGCACCUGUUGUUAGCUGGUGAUCCUGGCCUAGCAAAAUCACGAUUGCUAGAGUUUGCCUCAGAAAUUGCAAUACGGUCGGUUUUCACGACAGGUAUAGGAUGUUCGUCAGCUGGUUUGACGGCCACCGCUGUGCAAGAGAAUGGCGAGUGGCACUUGGAAGCUGGUGCGCUGGUGCUUGCGGAUGGGGGCGUUUGUUGCAUUGAUGAGUUCAAUUGGAUGCGUGAAACUGACAAAGGGUCCAUCCACGAGGCUAUGGAACAGCAAACGGUUAGUAUUGCGAAAGCCGGACUACUUUGUAAGUUGAGCACCCGGUGCGUGGUAAUGGCAGCAACCAAUCCGAGAAACCUGUUCUCGAUGUCCGAUAUGGUGGAAAGCUCGAGUUUGGGUAUGGGAGGUCCAUUGCUUAGUCGGUUCGAUCUUGUUUUGACGCUAUGUGACAGCCGGGAUCCGGAUUGGGAUCUGCUGAAAAAUAACCACAUUCUGUCUUCUUCGGUAGUUGACCGUGCUAAACAGAAGUUUGAUCAAACGCCUUCCGGGGGACACUGGAAUCUAGAACGACUGCAGACACAUUUCUUGGCAAUUAAGGACUUUCAUCCCAAGAUUUCAGACGACGCGAAUGCUGUUUUAAGUGCAUACUAUAAACAAUGUCGAGCAAGUUUGCAGCGCGAUCAAGCACGGGUCACCGUUCGUCUCAUGGAUAGUUUGGUGCGCCUCUCGCAAUCACACGCCCGGCUGAUGUUCCGAGAUGAAGUAAAUCUGUUGGAUGCUGUGACUGUUAUUCGGCUGAUGGAAUCCAGUUGGGGCUUUGGUUUGGUCAUGGGACCUGUGGACUUGAUUCGGUCUCCUCUACCACUAGGUCCUAGCUUGGACGAAAUCGAGAGAAUACUGCAGCAUUUGGGCUUAGCUGAAGCAGUACAGAAGCUCUCUCUUCCAAAGCAAAUAGACAAAGCUAAGAUCGACCGCUAUCUUGGUGAGCAAGCUGCCAAAAUGGCACGAAAGGAGGCUGCACCAGUAAACCGAUUGGACAUUACUCAAUCGGAAAGCGAUCUUGAGGAGCAAGUACUCGAAAGUCUUAAUAACGAUAAAAGACAAAUCGAUGAUUCCAUGCAGGUCAAGCAAAAUAGUUGCCAGGAUAAACGGAAGCAACUGGAAGAAGGCGACCUGUACUCAAAAUACUCUUUCACUCAAAUGAAGAAAAAUACGGUCAAAAAAAUGAAAACUGCUGGUCCUUCUAAAAAUUCCACUAAAUGUAAACCAAAAGAGUCGCUUGAACCGAAUCCAAGGCUAAAUGAAAACCUACAAACUAAUGAGCUGGAUUCUAUUCUAAGCAAUUUGAGACAAAACUUCAUGCAUGAGCUUUCAAAAUCUACCCAGCCAGCAAAACCUGGCGGUUAUCCCGAGAUAGCGACAGUUCCUCGAGCGAGCCAACCAAAUUCAAACUAUCCCUUAGCUAGUGGAAAAUCGAAAACUUCAAGAGAGGAGUCUUUCAACGCUAUGCUCGAUAUCAGCAAUUUAAUGGACGAUAAUGAUGAAGAGUCUGAAACGGUUGACCAAAAUGCAAUAACCACUCUACAACCAACCGAAUCCAUUUCGAGUAUUUUCAACAGUUCCGAUUUGUUCAAAACCAAACCGACACAGGAAAAUAACCGAUUUCGUAGUGAUCACGAUCUAUUGGUGAAUACCAUACGAGAACCAAACGUUUCAUCCCAAACCAAACCAAUGACGGUAAACAAAUUCGUGUUCAAGAAACCUUGCCGGGAUCACAAUGUCCGUCAGACACACAAUGCAUCAAUACCGAAUGAUCGUCAGCUCAAUUCAAGUUUUCGAACAAAGCCACCAAUCAGCGAAAGCCCUACUCUGUUAUCAACUGAUACUUCAAGCACCACUAAUAAUGAAUCGAAACAGUCAACAUCCCGCUAUCGAUUUACACUUUCAUCGCAAAAGAAUCGCACCACUAAACCGCCGCCAGCGAUUAAAAAUCCGAUGCUAAUUAGCCAGCCAUCAUCGGAUGACGAAUUCGAUCUGGAUCUGGGAAUAGAUGAUAACAUCUCCUUUCGUCGACAGACCGGUGAAGUCCCGAAUCAGCAGUGUACAUCUGUUGACACCGUUGAAGCAGCUCCCAAAGCUAGACGGCCACUUUCUGAAUGUACGCUAAAUAAAAUCCGUGGAUUUGAAUUCGUGCCACGAGAAGAAGGGGAAAAUACAACAACGACGGCACGAAGUAGCGGCAGCAGAGAGAUGAGUUCUACCAGUGGUCAGAAGUUGAGUGUCGAUAAUGUUUGUGAAUCGGAACACGCCUUCAAGGCAGGUUCUUUACCAGAAAUGCAGGUAUUUGUGACGCUUGGCGAACAGCGAGAUCCAGAUGAAGAGUUGGCGUUUUUAGAUGCAAUUGAUUUGUAACUUUUGUGUUCACAAAUAAAGUUGUUUAUUUUCUGCAGUUUAAA